GAUUGAAUCCCUCAUCAUUCAUCCUCCAUUCCCCAUUGCCUCCCUCAUCUUUUCUUCUUCAGUAUUCUCUCUAUGAAUCCCGAUAGGGACGAGUCGACUGUCGUUGACCUUGCAACCAUCAACGCCCAAGGUCAACAGCGUUACCAUCAGAAUCAGUCACAACAACAACCUCGACAACCUGGUGCUGACGUCCAUAUCAUUGAUUCUUCAGCAUCAACUGGCGCUGCUCGUAAUUCCAACACCCAGACCAGAAACAAUGUUAACAAAGAGCCCGUGAAAAAGGAUUGCCCCCGUCAUGCAGAUGGGCACCCUCCUAACCAACUGACCACACGAGACCUUGGUAAUAAGAGGAUAGUCUCAUUUUUCUUUGGAUCAGACGUCGUCCUCUUUGACUCCAUCAUGUCCUAUCGGAUUGCCAAUCCUGAUAAGCGUGUUGAAGAUGCAAUCGAUACAUUUAGCGAACAUCAGAGCGCUGAUGCAUUAGCGAAUAUCAUCUAUGAAACUCAAGCCUUUGACAUGAUCUUCAAAUACCCUAUUCCAGAGCACCUUCGCAAAGUGCCCGACAGUGCACCAGUCAUCAGUCCUAACCCAACUCUUUCUGAUAUUGACCUUCAUUCGACCGGUAGUGCUGCUGCUGCCUAUCAAGAAGAGAAAUCGGAAAAGAAGCAGCGACAGCCUCAGGAAAAUGAAGAGCGAUUGAAACAGGAAGAGGAACAACGGCGUUUGGAGUCCGUAAACAAUGGCAACAAGGAUGUGGAGGCGGCUAUCAAGGAUCCUAAGGUUGCACGGGAAGAGAAAUUGGAACGACAUCGAAUCCGGUUUAAGAAGGCAUUGCUUCGAGAGAACUUGAUUAUUGAAGAGGAACCUGGUAUUGAAGGCAAUGAGAUGUACAUGAAGGUCUAUGCACCAUUUUGGAGAUUGUGUAUUGAGGCUCAAAGACUGCGGUAUAAAAUCGAACUCUCGCAUAUCGAAAGCGACAAGGAAAAAGCUGCUGCAGAAGUUGCUGCAGCCAACCAAGCAGUGAAACGAAGUUGGUUCGGCCAAUACUUCUGGCAAUUGCUCCAGAGAGCUGACAACGUCACGUUACCCCUUCGUGCCGAGUCUUUGUUAUUCAAGGCCAGCAAGUUGAGACAAUUUGAUCUGGCUGAGAAGAAUCGUAAAUGGAGCGAUAUUGUCCGACAUGGGGGUGGUAUUAAGCCUGAUGGAUCUGGAGUGGGCUCCAAUAUGGGGUCAGAUGGUAAAGACGGCUUUUUUGGCACUGGACGCCGUGGCCACUUGACAGAGAGUAUCAUCAUCUAUUGUAAGAUCAGGACCAAACGCGGAGAUCGCUAUGCUCUCAAGUCCACUUUAGACAAGAAGGCAAUCACCGACAUGUAUACGCUACAUGAUGGGUCCUACAAAUCCAAGGCUAAGCCUCUUCCCAAUCGUCGCACACUCCUCUACAACAGCUGGGUGCGUUCCCGUGGUCCCCAACCCCUCGAGGAAAUUCGUUUCUAUUUUGGUGAAAAGAUUGCACUAUAUUUUGCAUGGCUUGAGCACUACACUCGAUGGCUUAUUUCUGCUGCAAUUGUGGGCCUCGUGUUUCUGAUCUACGGACUCAUCAAUUACUUUUAUAUCAAGAAAAGUUCAGAUGCGGGGGAUGUUGGUGCGACAUUAGUGGAUGUGUUUGACAAUGCUCUAGCACUGCCCUAUGCGCUAUUUAUGUCUAUCUGGUCUGCGUUGUUUGUCGAGUAUUGGAAGCGAAAGAGCAAUAUCUUGGCCUAUCAAUGGAACACCUCUGACUUUGAGAGACGUGAGAGAGCCAGACCAGAAUUCAAGCCGACGGGAACUAGGGUAUCCCCUGUGACCGGGAAGAUGGAGCUGUAUUACCCACGAUACAAGCAACUCAUCUCUAUCCUGAUCAGUAUCUUGAUCGUUUUGGUUUCCAUUGCUAUCGUCAUUGUAUCCGUUGGUUCCUUAAUCCUGUUCAACAUUUGGUUCAGAAAUUCUGGAACGCAGCGUAACCCAUAUGUAGUCAGUGCCGUCACUGCCAUCAUGAAUUUGGCUGUUAUUAUGUUACUUGGAACGGUCUAUGCUAGACUUGCAAAGUUCUUGACUGAUAAUGAGAACCAUCGUCGCUUAACCCAAUAUGAAGAUGCACUGACUAUCAAGCGCUUUUUGUUCGACUUCGUCAACUUUUAUUCCGCUUUGGUGUAUAUCGCCUACUUUAAAGAGAGUUUACCGGUGCGUCUGGACAAAGACAACUAUGAUAAAUGUUCAAGUAAAUCUUGUAUGGGUGAUUUGACUAUUCAGUUGGCGAUUGUCUUUGUGGGUAAACAGUUUUUGAACCAGGUUCAGGAACUGGCUAUUCCACAGCUUCAGAAAUGGUGGAAUCGUAAAAAUGAGCUAGCAGAGAAGGCUUCGUUGAAGGGGAAAUAUAAGGAUAGAAAGAUGGUCAAGCCUCCACAAUGGGCCAAGGAUGAUGUGUUACCCGUCUAUGAUUCCAGCAUGUUUGAGGAGUACCGAGAGUUGGUGAUCCAAUUUGGAUUCUGCACUCUAUUUGUAGUUGCGUUCCCGAUUGCACCUAUCUUUGCACUUUUGAACAAUAUUUUAGAAAUUCGUGUGGAUGCUUACAAGCUUUUAACGCAGCAUCGAAGACCUAUUUCGCAGGCUGCUCAGGACAUUGGGAGCUGGGGUGCGAUCAUGAUGUUGAUGACGCACAUUGCUGUGUUCACCAAUGCCUGUCUGAUCGCAUUUCAGUCCAACUGGAUGGAAGAAAAUGUCUUCAAGAAAGUUUCCUGGUUUCCUGCCACCAGUAAUAACACCCCCGUACCUGACCCCAAUGCUGACACCCCUGUAUCUCCGGCCGUCCGUUUGCUUUUCAUUUUUAUCUUUGAGCACGUUGUGUUCUUGAUCAAGAUUGCAGUUGCAAAUUUAGUCAGCGAUGUUCCUCAAACAGUUAAGCUGGCGAUUGAGCGUGAGAGCUAUUACGCUCGACUGGCACUUGAUGAUGAAGAGCCUGCGAUUGACGAAGUUCUUGAAGAUCAGGAAGAUGAAUCGGAUCAAAGCGAUGAUGAGGAUGACUGGCGCAAGCGAUUCUUUGGUGAUGACGCUGGUGAUGAUGCCAAUUAUGACGAGAAGGGAGAAGGUCCAGGUGUAGAAGGCCUUUCUCCUGAGGAAGAAGAGGAAGAGGAAGAAGAAUUAAAAGCACUGAUCAAGGCUGGCGGAUGUGGAUGUGCAGCCCAUGGUGAUGGUAUUGUGGGCACCUCAAAAGGAGGGUUUGAAGGAACUUGGAUGAAUCGGUUCAAACCCAAUACUCAGUUGGCGUUGAAACGUCGUCAGCAGAGGCGACGACGCAGGCAGAAUGCGAACAAGCAGCAACAGCAACAACAACAGCAACAGUAACAAUCAGGCAAAAAGUGAACGAUAAGGUGUGAUCGAUGGUGGUGCCACAAGCGUAAUUCACAAAACAUAAUAAAUUAAUUAAUGGU